AUGACAGACGUGAUUCGAUAUAAGCACGUCGGUCGAAGCAGCCUCAAAUUGCGAUUAUUAAUUGGGUUUCGAGGAACGUACAUCGCAAACCGUGUCAGUGAGAUUCAGAAUCUAACGAACGAAAAUUGGUACCACGUGCAAUCACAGGACAAUCCAGCUGAUAUCGUAUCUAAAGGAGUCAAUCCAGAGGAUCUAUCCCACUGUGAACUAUGGUGGAAAGGACCUGCCUGGCUCUCGCAAAAUAUGAACAUGUGGCCGAUCUCACCGAUUCCAGAGGAGGAGGAAAUGCCAGAAGAACGUAAAUGCGAGCGUGCGCUUCUUGUUUCUACUGAACUGAAUUUUUCACUACUCGAGCGUUUUUCUUUUCUUUUUCGUGCCAUUAGUGUCAUAGCCUAUUGUCUGCGCUUUAUUCAAAAUUUAAAAAGCCCGAAAGAUCUACGAAAACUACAAUAUCUUGAUACAAAUGAAUUGUCUUUGGCGCGCAUAGGUCUCUUGAAACUGACUCAGUCUCAGGAUUUUGCGAAGGAAAUACACGACCUAAAAGAGACUGAGCUAGUUUCAAAAAAAAGUAGAUUGUUACCGCUGAAUCCGUUUGUUGAUGCGCAAGGGCUACUGAGGGUGGGCGGGCGGCUCGCAAACGCUCCCGUACCAUUCAAUCAAAAACAUCCGAUUAUUUUAGCGCCGAAUAAUCCACUGACGUUACUAAUAAUUCACUAUGAACACUUGAGAUUAUUGCACGCUGGCUGUCAAACUACGUUGGCAGCUGUAAGAACUCAGUAUUGGCCAUUGUCGGGCAAAAAUGCUAUAAAGAAAGUUCUGCGAAAAGGUAUAAAAUGUUUUAGGGCAAAACCAAUUGGAACAGACUAUCUCAUGGCAAAUUUACCUUCGUCGCGGGUCACUCCGAGCAGGGCGUUUAAUACGACAGGAGUCGACUACGCCGGACCAUUUUAUAUAAUAGACAAAUUGCGGAGUCGCACUACGAUCAAGACCUACCUUUGCGUUUUUGUAUGCUUCGCAACGAAGGCAGUGCACCUCGAAUAG